AUCAUGCCUUUCACCAUCAGAAGUGUCCUACUGUUCAAGAAGCUAUCAGGGAAUGCUAUAACUCCCAGUAAAGGUUCAAAACUGGCCUCCGGGUUUGACUUGUGCAGUGCGUAUUAUAUAGUAAUUCCAGGCCAGGGCAAAGCUCUUAUCAAGACGGACAUACAGGUAGAGUUACCAGAAGAUUGUUAUGGCAGGGUGGCACCACGAUCUGGUCUUUCCUGGAAGAAUCACAUUGAUGUUGGAGCCGGUGUUAUUGACCGAGACUACCGGGGAAAUGUUGGCGUUGUUCUCUUCAACCACGCCAAGACUGAUUUUGAAGUAAAGAAUGGUGACCGAGUAGCUCAGCUCAUAUGUGAAAAAAUCGUGUAUCCAGAUAUCGAGGAAGUUGAGGUUGUCCUGGUUCAACACAGAAAAACACACAUAUCCCCACCACCAGAGGCUCUGGACGAGGACGAGGAGAAGAAUGCCAACGAGGAUGAGGAGGAUGACGACGACGACGACGAAGACGAUAAUUAUGGCGACGGAUGUAAUAAAAUAAGACUAGCCAACACUCUCAACAAGGCUUAA